AAAGCCCAGUGGGUGGCUCCCAUUGGCCAUCUUAAAAUUGCAGCUCGUUAAUUAAGGCUUUAGGAGCUCACAAAUAGCCCAGCUCCGUGUCCUGAGCUUGUCUCUGCUCCCGGGGGCUGCGCUGAGUUCCUUGGCUGGAAGGGAGCAAAAGGAAAAGUCAUGCAGGGACCGAGGCCAGUGGUUCUGAGUGGCCCUUCAGGUGCAGGGAAAAGCACUUUGUUAAAGAAAUUGUUCAAAGAUUACGAGAACAUCUUCGGCUUCAGCGUCUCCCAUACCACAAGGCAGCCAAGACCUGGGGAGGUGAAUGGCAAAGAUUAUCACUUUGUGACCAGAGAGGAGAUGCAGAAGGAAAUCGAUGCCGGGGAGUUCAUCGAGCACGCCGAGUUCUCUGGGAACAUGUACGGGACAAGUAAAGGUGCUGUGCAGGCUGUGCAGGCCCAGAACCAGAUCUGUGUCCUUGACAUCGACAUCCAGGGCGUGAAGAACAUCAAGAAGACCGACCUGAACCCCAUCUACAUCUCGGUGCAGCCGCCGUCCAUUGACAUCUUGGAAAAAAGGCUACGAGACCGAAAGACUGAGACAGAGGAGAGUUUACUGAAGCGUUUGACUGCAGCCCGUGUGGACCUGGAGCUCAGUAAAGAGCCUGGGCUGUUUGACCUGGUCAUUAUUAAUGAUGAUCUAGAAAAAGCCUAUUCUGAGUUGAAGGAAGUGCUGCUGGAGGAAAUCAAGAAGACCCAAGAAUCCAGGAAGUCCUGAGCUGAGCUGACCCUGCUUGGACACUUCAAUUUUGCACAUCAUUCCCAAAGCAUGUUUUAUUCCAAGAGACAUUCCCUUUAGGCUGCUCCUCCUCCCAGAUUUCCCUAGGAUGUUUAUAUUAAAAGGAAAGAAAAGGAAA